GCCUCGUCAGCGGUGUCAACGGUCGUCUCCUCUCUGGCGCUUGGAAAGGCGGUCCCUCCCUUGCAGACUAGCCAGCGAAGCCCUGCUCGGCCAACGUAGUAGUAGUCGCCGUUGUUUUCUGGAUCUUGCUGCCAUUGUCCAACAACAGAAUGUCAACACCCGUGGACGACGAAGGGUUCGUUCUGCGCAUUCGGGGCCUUCCAUGGUCAACGACCAAAGAAGAGAUUUUGAACUUCUUCACGUCGAAGGAGUGUCACAUCAAAGGAGGCAUUAAUGGAGUGCACAUGACACUUUCAAGAGAAGGCAGACCAAGUGGUGAAGCAUAUAUUGAGCUAGAAAGCGAGCAAGACAUUGAGAUAGGCCUGCAGCGACACAAUGAGCACAUUGGUCACAGGUACAUAGAAGGUGAGUAUAUUCAAUAA